AUGCCAUAUCCCCUCCAACUAGGUCUCCAAGAUGCCACAUCCCCAAUUAUAGAAGAAUUGACACAUUUCCAUGACCAUACCCUAAUAAUUGUCUUCCUCAUUAGCUCCCUAGUUCUUUACAUUAUUUCAUCCAUACUAACCACUAAACUGACGCAUACUAGUACUAUGGAUGCUCAGGAAGUAGAAACAAUUUGAACUAUCCUCCCAGCUAUAAUCCUAAUUCUAAUUGCCCUCCCAUCCUUACGAAUCCUCUAUAUAAUGGAUGAGAUCAACGACCCAUUGCUAACGGUAAAAACUAUAGGGCAUCAAUGAUAUUGAAGCUAUGAAUACACUGAUUACGAAGACUUGGCCUUUGACUCCUAUAUAAUCCCCACUAAUGACCUUGAACCCGGACAAUUACGACUGCUAGAAGUUGAUAACCGAGUAGUUUUACCUAUAGAAAUACCAAUCCGCAUAUUAAUCUCAUCAGAAGACGUCCUACACUCAUGAGCCAUUCCAUCCAUGGGCCUGAAAACAGAUGCUAUUCCAGGGCGACUGAACCAGGCAACCUUAAUAUCAUCACGACCUGGCCUAUUCUACGGUCAAUGCUCUGAAAUUUGUGGAUCCAACCAUAGCUUCAUGCCAAUUGUACUGGAACUAGUUCCGCUCAAAUACUUCGAAGACUGAUCAGCAUCUCUAUUAUAA